AAAACCAUCUUUCUCUCUGUGUUUUCUCAAUGGCUCUUUCUUCCUCUGUUUCACUCUGCAUGCUUCUCUUCUCAUUCUUUUUCUUCACUUGCUUCUCUGCAAAACUUCUUAACCAUAAAAACGACUCAUUCUCUUUCCCUCUUACAUCGCUUCCACUUUCCACAACAAAACCUCUUUCAUCAAACUCAAAGAACAACCACCCACAACUAAGAACCCUUUAUUCUUCUUCUUCUUCUUCUUCCUACAACAUAAAAUCAUCGUUCAAGUAUUCAAUGGCUCUGGUGGUGACUCUCCCAAUUGGGACUCCUCCGCAGCUUCAGCAAAUGGUGUUGGACACGGGAAGCCAACUCUCAUGGAUUCAGUGUCACAACAAGACACCCAAAAGGCCUCCCCCUGCGGCGUCGUUUGAUCCUUCUCUCUCCUCUUCUUUCUAUGUCAUCCCCUGCACCCACCCUCUUUGCAAGCCUCGCGUUCCCGAUUUUACCCUUCCCACAACCUGCGACCAGAACCGCCUCUGCCACUACUCCUACUUCUACGCCGACGGUACCUACGCCGAGGGCAAUUUAGUCCGAGAAAAACUCGCCUUCUCUCCUUCCCAAACUACCCCUCCCCUCAUCCUCGGUUGCGCCACGCAAUCCAGCGACGCCAGGGGCAUUUUGGGAAUGAACCUCGGUCGCUUGUCCUUCCCUUCCCAAGCCAAAAUCACAAAAUUCUCGUACUGUGUCCCCACCCGACAAACCCGACCCGGAUACCUCCCGACAGGAUCGUUCUACCUCGGAAACAACCCGAAUUCGGCCCGGUUCCGUUACGUUAGCAUGUUGACCUUCCCUCAGAGUCAACGCAUGCCGAACCUGGACCCCUUGGCCUACACGGUCCCAAUGCAGGGGAUAAGUAUCGGUGGCAAGAAGCUGAACAUCCCACCCUCUGUUUUCCGACCCAACGCUGGCGGGUCGGGUCAGACCAUGAUUGACUCCGGAUCCGAAUUCACGUUCCUGGUGGACGAGGCUUAUGAUAGGGUGCGGGAAGAGGUAAUCAGAGUGGUGGGGCCCAGGAUAAAGAAGGGGUACGUGUACGGUGGGGUUGCUGACAUGUGCUUUGAUGGUAAUGCAAUGGAGAUCGGACGGUUGUUAGGGGACAUGGUGUUCGAGUUCGAGAAAGGCGUGGAGAUAGUGAUUCGGAAAGAGAGAGUGUUAGCUGACGUGGGUGGUGGGGUCCACUGCGUGGGAAUAGGAAGGUCAGAAAGAUUGGGUGCGCCCAGUAACAUUAUUGGCAACUUCCAUCAGCAGAAUGUUUGGGUUGAAUUUGAUCUGGCCAAUCAUAGGGUGGGCUUCGGUGAGGCCGAUUGUAGCAGAUCAACUAAGUAGUAGAGUGGUGGAGGAGCUGAUAUUAUGGGUGCUGGUGCACGUAACUAUCAUGAGUAGGCAGAAGUCGUUUAUUAGCUACAUAUAUAAAAGUGUCACACUGUUACUGUGCAAAGGAAAUAUACUAAUGAAUGAUCUUGGAUGGACUGCGAGUGACGAAGAAAAGAAAGAGGUCUUUCGUGUGGUCUAUGUCUAUCGUUUUAGACAAAUGCAAGAUGUGGGGCUUCGCUUGAUCUUUCAAAAGGACGAUGCUUCUAUAAGGUCAUCAUAAUUAAAUCAUGUACAUUAUUAUGAAUGAGACUGAUGUAUAUAUAUAUCAGGAAUAGAGGAGAAUAUCAACCAAUAAUAUCAUGAGUGUAUAAUUUAAGAUAAGCUUGAAAUGAGACACGUAAUGAGCUGUAAUAUUGUCCUCUUAUUUGAAAAUCCACUCUUUUAA